CAAACUCACUACCCCUGACACCAUGAGCUACUACGGCAGCUACUACGCAGGCCUGGGCUAUGGUUGUGGAGGCUUCGGUGGCCUGAGCUAUGGCUGUGGCUGUGGAUGUGGCAGCUUCCGCAGACUGGGUUCUGGCUGUGGCUAUGGAGGCUACAGAUAUGGCUCUGGCUUUGGAGGCUACGGAUAUGGCUGCUACCGCCCAUCAUACUAUGGAGGAUAUGGAUUCUCUGGGUUCUAUUAAACUACUGCCCCAGCAACACAAUGUGUGAAAUUAUAAGAGGACUCUCCCAAAGCUGACUUCACUCAUUGGACAACCAAGAUCAUGCUGGAGCUAUUUGCACAAAAGAAUUUAACAUCUCAGAAUUUCAGGCAAUUUUUUUCUCUGUAUACCCACAUCUCUAUCAUAAUCCUAGUAUUCUCUACUUUUGCUUUUUA